UUCUUAUAGUUAUUUCACUCUUAAAUCUUGCAUUGUAUACAUUUUAUUUAUGGUUUUUAUUUUAUAUAACAAAAUUAUUUAUUAUUAAUUUCACCCAACUUACUUCUAGUCAACAUGCCUCUAUACAAUGCAUAUCUGAUUUUACUAUUACUUUACUUCAGUGUGGAUUAUGUGCAACCGUCGACUGUGAAGGAUGAGCAUCAAUUUGAUUUGCUUAUAUUUACACAAUUCUGGCCGGCGACAGUGUGUACAGAAUGGAAGGAGAAGAGUCCUGCCCACUCGUGUGCAAUGCCCACCAGGCCGGAUUCAUGGUCUAUUCACGGCAUUUGGCCAACACGGCUCGGCACUAGAGAACCUUCAUUCUGUAAUAGAACAUGGCAUUUUGACCCUGAACAAAUUCAACCUAUUGAGCCUGUAAUGUUGCAAGUAUGGCCUAAUAUUGAGGCUGAAACUUCAACAUAUGCUUUGUGGUCACAUGAAUGGACUAAACAUGGCACCUGUGCCGCUGUGCUAGAACCUCUUAAUUCUGAAUUAAAAUACUUCUCACAAGGUAUCGACUGGUUAGAAAAAUACAACAUGUUAGAUAUACUGAAAAUUGCUAACAUUGUCCCCACAAAAGAAAAGGAAUAUCCUAUUAUAGAUAUCAAUAAUGCAAUUGUUAAAGAGUUGGGUGUCAGACCGCAAAUAGAGUGCAAUAAAGUUGACGGUAAGAAUCAGAUAUUUGAGAUACGUCUAUGCUUCAACAAGAGUUUGGAAUUGACAGAUUGCGAUGGCGUCAAAUAUUUUGGUGAGUAUAAUUCAGUUUUGACUAAUUGUGACCCGUCCCAGGAUAUAUACUAUCCUCACAAUGAAGGGGAACCAAAACGAUUAUAUGUACAACUGUACAAACUUAUAUCUUGGCUGCAGUGGUUUACGCUGUGAGAUUUAUUACCUGUUACCAUAUAAGACAUGAUAUCAUUUUUACUUUAAUUUUAAAUAAUUAAUAGAGGAAAAAAUAACAUGAAAUUACAUUCUCUUCUUUAUUUGCGUUUUUAAAAUUGUGAUGUAACAUUUAGAAUUUCAAAUGUAAUGUCUCUUAAUUUGGGAUCCCAGUUUCAUCAAGAUUAAUAAAAAUGUAGGAAAAAAUCAAUAUGAAAUUAUUUCCACUGCUAAAAUGUCUAUGUAAAUUUAGAUACACUUUUACCAAUUUGCAACAAUUUGGGAUCCUGAUAUUUUUUUUUAUGAAAAAUAUAUUGAAUCAUCAAUAUACAAUAACUAUCUCCAUUAAAAUGCAAUAGGGCCAGAUUAUUUUUGUUUUUUUUUUUUUUUUUAUUUACAAUAUAUUGCAAUGUAAUUAGGGAUUAAUAAUUUGUAAUCAAAUAUUUUAUUUUAAUAAUUUUCUUUCAAUGAAAUUUGGUUUAUUUGAGAAAAAAUAGACAAAAAGCAAUAUGCAUUUUUUUAUAUACAUUUUUUAUAUAUGCAAAUUUAAAAUAAUAAAUAAUGUAUUUUUUUAUUUAUUCUAUGUGUCUAAAUAUCAUUGACAUUAAUUUAUUAAUUUACUAUUAAAUCAUAAUUAACAUAAGCAUAAAAUCUUUUGUACACUAUUAAUAAUAAUCUAGACUUGCAUUAAGGUUUGAAUUUAUUAUUUUAUUAGAAAAUCCUAAAAAAUACUGUAUUAAAGGAAAACCAUGUCCAAAUUACAUAAGGAAAGUAAGAAUUAAUAAUAACAUGAACGUAAUAAUAUAUUGUUAGGUAUUCAUAUUAAUAAUAAUUGCUUGUGUAUUGUGCCUCACAGUACCUAUAGCAGACAGGGUUUUAGGGGUAUGCAUGACAAUUCUAACAGAAUCAUUAAUUUUAUUAAAAAAAAAAUGUGUUAACAUUGAAAUGUACAUUAUGUAAUAAUUCUUUUUAUAAGUAGAUAUAAUUAUCCAUUUGUGUUACAAGUCAAUAUUAUGUUAUUAUUUUUGUAAUUUAUAUGUAUAGCUCUUCGAGAUGACAUCUUUCAAAAUGAGUUUUGCUUAAAAUGCAUAAUGAUUUUUUAGUAAUUUUUUUUAAUAACUACCCAUAGACAUAUUUACUAUAUAUACACUAAUGUUCUUAAUUUAAUAACUAAUUAUCACAAGUCAAGUUAUGAAUUAUUUACCAUUUAGAUGAAUUUUUUUUUGUCAUAUUUUUACACUUUGUAAAAACAUUUCAACAUGUUUGGCUGUCAAUAGUUAAUGGUUAAAAAUAAAUGUGUAAUUUAAUAUCUUUUUUACAAGUGCAAUAAACAUAUACACUGCUAUAAUAUAAUUUAAUCAUUUUUACUGUUUUUAGUACGAUUUUUAGUCGACGUUUAUCUAUCUUGUUUUUAUAUCAUUGAAGACCAUAUGAAUUUAGAUAUUUUUUUAUACAUUUUUCUUUUAAUACCUGUGUAUAUUUUUAUUAUGUUUUUACAGGCAUGUACUUAAUUGAACUUUGAAAUAAUAAUUGAUGAAAUUUAGCAUAAUAAUAUACAUACUUAAAUUUUAUAUCAAAUUUUAAUUUAUUCUUUAUUUAAAUUUGAAUUAACUCUGUAUGUAUUUAUAAAUUCUCGGUAGUUCCUAUCAUUUGAUAGGUUCUCGGUUCUCGUUUAAAUUAUGUCUAUUACUCUAUAAUUUCUGACAGAUUUGAUUCAGCUAUAGAGCCGGUAAUUUUAUUUAAAUAAAUAAUAACGAAUAAUUGAAUUAACUACUUUUGGUGGUAAUUUAUUAUUGUUUGUUGCAUUUUUACAAUAACACAUUCUCGAAACCUGGCUAUAAAAUAAAAUACAAUAUAAUAAAAUGUAUUUCUGUUAUUUGAAAGAAUUCACUUGUGUUUAUGGGUUGUAUUUUAAUUGUACCUAUAGUAUUUAUAGGGUAAUAAAUAUUUUUAUACUAAUAAUUAGCGAUAAGCCAUAUGAGUUUACCUAUUGUGAUGUUAUAAUAAAAUUAAUGGACUGGAA